CUCCUGGUGGUCUCAUGUGGAGAUGGGACCCCCUGAUCCUAUUUUGGGGGUGACUGAAGCCUUUAAACGAGACACCAAUGCCAAGAAGAUGAACCUGGGUGUUGGGGCAUAUCGGGACGAUAACGGGAAGCCAUUUGUCCUGAACAGCGUCCGCAAGGCGGAGGCCCAGAUAGCUGCUAAGAAGAUGGACAAGGAGUACUUACCCAUUGCAGGGCUGGCGGAGUUCAAUAAGGCAUCAGCUGAGCUGGCACUGGGUGACACCAAUGAGGUUAUCAAGAGUGGCCGGUACGUCACCGUGCAGACGAUUUCUGGGACUGGGUCUCUAAGAGUUGGAGCCAGUUUCUUGCAACGAUUCUUCAAGUACAGCCGUGACGUGUACCUGCCCAAACCAUCCUGGGGCAACCACACCCCCAUUUUCAGGGAUGCUGGCAUGCAGCUGCAUGCCUAUCGCUACUAUGAUCCCAAGACCUGCGGCUUUGACUUCGCUGGAGCCUUGGAUGACAUUUCUAAAAUUCCCGAGCAGAGUGUCAUUCUCUUCCACGCCUGCGCUCACAACCCCACUGGUGUGGACCCCCGACCAGAGCAAUGGAAGGAGCUGGCUGCUGUGGUGAAGAAAAGGAAUCUCUUUGCAUUCUUUGACAUGGCGUACCAGGGCUUUGCCAGCGGGGACAUAAACCGGGACUCCUGGGCUGUGCGUCAUUUUAUUGAGCAAGGCAUUAAUGUUGUUCUGUCUCAGUCCUAUGCCAAGAACAUGGGCCUUUACGGGGAGCGCGUGGGUGCCUUCUCAGUGAUCUGCAAGGAUGUGGAUGAGGCCAAGAGGGUGGAAUCCCAGCUGAAGAUCCUGAUCCGCCCCAUGUAUUCAAACCCACCCGUCAAUGGAGCUCGUAUUGCCUCUGCCAUCCUGACGAGUCCUGACCUGCGGAAGGAAUGGUAA